CUGACCAGGGGCAGAGGACCAGGGGGCUAUGCACACAGGAAGUAGAGACGGCAAAAUAUUUAGAUCACAAUCACAUAUUUCGAAAUACAUUGCCAACAUUGAUAUGGUUAAUUGCAACAGUACAUUAUUUAUUUUAUCGGUUAUUUUAAUUUGGUUUGGAGAAGAAAUCGUAUGUUUCGAGAAUCGAAUGAGUAGGUCAGAUUUCGAGCAUGGCAAUAAAUAUGUUAGUCGAAUUGCAUUUGGUAGCUGUAUGAAGUAAGUAACUUUAUAUAAAUAAUUCCUAGAGCGGUUAACCUAUAUCUCACUGCUGCAUUACUGUUAAUAGGUUUUCCUCGUUUCCAAUCAUCAAACUGACGUUACGUCAUUUGAUUUUAAUUUUUGACUGUUUGGAUUUUAUUAUUUUGGUUAGGGUUUAAGGGUUAGAGUUAAGGUUGGCAUUAGGGGUAGGGGUUAGAGUAUGGGUAGGGUUUGGGUUAGUUACAUAGCUAUUUAACACCUCUUCCAUCUUCUGAAAAUGAUGUCACGUCAGUUUGGUAGAUGGAAACACAGUGCCGUAGCAAGCUCGAUAAUUGGGGGGGGGGGGGGGGUACGUGUUCUGAGCCAUAAAGCAAUGGAGUUCAAAGAAAUUAAUAACACAGACUACGAAUAUAUAUGAAUAUUUCCCAAUUAUCGAGCUUGCUACGGCACUGAAACAAGUGCUGACCCUGUUCAUACCUCACAUACCUAAUACAUUAGGUCUUUGUGAACUGUGAGGUCUGGGACUGCAUGCAGAGAACUGUAAAACUGUGUAGAGACUUGCAGCAUUCCAAACAUUCCAAACAUUCCAACUGUCCCGGUUUGCCUCGGGAAGUGCUGGGCCUUAAUGGGUUAACCUGAGACUACCAAACAUCUUCCCUGCCAUCCUAUGAUACUCAGCAGUGCACCUUCAGGGCUGUAGCCACUGGGGGGUUGCAUGCAUUCUUUUUUUCAAAAUCAUGCAGACUUCAAAAUCAUGCAGGCUAUAUAACACUGUUUUCUGACCAUUAGUCAGAAUUCUGUCAAAUCUUCCUCCAAAGUCCAGGAAAUGGCAUUUCAGAGACGCUAAAUUAUAAAAUUUUCCCCUAUAACUUUAGUGCAUGCAGCAUUCGACUCGGGCCUUUGGCCCUCGUUUUCAGCUCCCAAUCAAAAAUAGCUUCCUACAUACGGCACUGUAUGUGUCAUGUUCUUUGUUAUUUCACUCAGUCUAAUAGUUUUACUAGUCAAGGAAAAGGCCUUAAUGGGCUAAUAGUGCUUAUAUAUUUAUUUCUGGGGUUCAUCAGUCAUCAGUGCAUAUUAAAUAGUUGCAGAGAUUCUUAGGAGCUUGGUCAAAUCCAAGUUCAUACAGACAGUAUAUCCACAAUGGGGUCAUACAUGAGGUAUGGUGGCGCAGAGUUUGUGCAUGGGUUCGAUUUGUGGGUUUGAUUCUUGCUAUGUGGGUUUGAUUCUGAGUUUGUUGGUUUGAUUCUUGCUAUGGACUCAUGUGAAAAGAGUCGGUCAACGUUCUGCCGAAAGUCAUGCGUUUGUACAAAUUGGAAGCUAGGCGUUAAUGUUUAUAGCUGAAGGUCAAUUCUGGUGCAAUACUACAAAAUGGGGGGGGGGGGGGCAUUCUGUUGGUCUGUAAUUGCUAAACUGAUCACCAGCUGGCAUCUCACAGUAUAAUUUUGGUUUUAUAAUUACUGGGCACAAUCAUGAUACUGCAGGUAUGAUAUCAUGAUACUGCAGGUAUCAUCAUAUAAAAAGUUACAUGUAACAUGUUCUCACAAACAUUGUUGUUUCCUUUCCAUGCAUGCUCAUUGGAAGAAAACGUGAUCAGGGUGCAUUUGAUUUGGUGUUGACAAUUGCCAUACUGCAGUGAUUAUUUUCGAGAAGUAAUUUCUUUUUGUGAACAUUUUGACAGUGGAAUGUUCAAUGAAUCAAAAUGGCACCAAAGACCGCAACCUGUGUGGAAGCAUAUUUUACAACAACAACCUGAUCUGUGGAUAUGGCUUGGCGAUGGUAUGAAUUUUAUGUUUCUACUGUAAAGAUGAACAAAAUAUUGAAACAGGUGAAAAAUUAUAACAGCAUGCAACAUGUUGUGGGCAAGAGUGAACUUGGUCUUGGCUGUGAAUUAUGACAAUUAUGACUUAAAUGUCUCGAUAUCAAAGAAGAGCCUGACUCCCAUGAAGCUCUACCAUGGUUGACACAGAGCGGGAAAAUUUUGCGUCUCUAAAUUGUCGGAAAUGGCAUUUUCAAAAUCUUCUCUACCUGUUUUGUUAGGCCCUUCCAUUAUUUCAUUCAAAUAUGAUUUGUGAGUCUAUGCUAUCUGCGAGUCGAUCAGGAUGGAUUAUUACGAGAAUUGUUGUUAUCAAAAUAUUGAUUACAGAUAUUUGAUUAUAUAUAUAUACAAUUUCAAAUACUUAUACUUCUAGUUUCGAAAUCAAUGGGUGGGGGGCCAAAAUUAUUUCCCCCCCUUAUAAAACACUGGGUUGGGGGCCUGUUGCCCCCUGCGGUCACUAACUUGUUUAGCCGAGCCUUCCAACAACUCAAAUCUAUAGGGUCUAGGAAAUGCAAUCCACUGGAAAAUGUUUAAAAUCUAAUAUUAAAGGUAUUUACAACACAAUGUUCAGCAUUAAUUAAUUAAAGAUAAAAGACAGGACAUAAGAUUCACAAAGCAAAUUUCAGUUACUAGAAUAUCAAACCUCCCUACUAAAUUCCAUGUUUUGCUUAUAUUUUAGAGAAAAGGGACUUUGACUGGGGGGGGGGGGCAAAAUGGUUGAGUGGGGGGGGCACCAUUGGGGCGGUUGAGCAUCGGACAGCACUAGUAAACCAAAGAUUGUGGGUUCGAAUCCCAGCCGGGUCAAGUAGAGUUUUCUCUACUUGUCCGGUAUGGUUCCUCACUUGGAGUACAUAGCAUGCAACAUGCCAAUGAAAUUGCAUAAUGUAUGGCAUGCCUCAAUCAUUUAAAAUUUUUUUUGUGUAGCUGCAUAUGGAGAUACAAGAAUAGUACCAUUCCUUUGGACUCCAUCGCCGUUGCCAUUAAUGGCCUCUUAUUUCAGAAGACAAAAACAUCACCCAGAUUAUCAGGUAGUGAACUCCAUCUGAAUGACAUUUUUCACCUUAUGAGUUAUGUAUUUAUACUACCAUGAUGUUUAUGUUACAUGUAAUUUUGAUCAACCGUUUGGCUAAACAAACCACUAGAUUACGAUAUCUUAAAAUACAAACUUCAUGGCUAAGCCUAAGACCUAUUAGUUAUUUCUAGUUGGAAACCAGUGGCCAUCGGCUCUGUCGAACUUGUGUCGAACUUUGCCGCUCCAAACUCUGCCGUACUUAAUUGAUUCAUAAUGUCUCUCUUCUGUCGUACCUAAUUCGUCAAUUAUUAAAAGUUCGAAACUAUCUUUUUUCCUCCCAAGUUUGUCCAAAUGGAUGAUCCGUCUCUGGCGGUCCUACUAAAGAAUGCCCGGGAAUGCCCGGGAACGCCCGGGGAGAUUCGUUGAAUGCCCGGGAAUGCCCGGGAGUUGGGAAAGAAUGCUACAAAUCGGGCCAUUAUUUUUACGUUGGUUUAAAUUUUGUACUUUAGGAAUUUCUCAAAUCCAACACAAGUAUCGUGGGUAUUUGGGAUGAUCAUGACUAUGGCAUGAAUGAUGGGGGAAAGGUAUAUUCAUCUUACGCUUUAUAUAUGUUUUAGUGCUACUGGUAAUGACUACAAGGGAUGGACAAGAAGAAGUUUAAAAAAUAGUUCAUUUAAACUCAGAAUUUCCGUUAGUGUUAACGUAAGGUUUGGGAUUAAGCCAUAAGGUUUAAGAUUGUUACAAGUGCCUGGUGGAAACCAGUGGCCAUCUUGAAAACCUGAACCUCCCUCUCGUCACAGAGUAGAUACUGUAGUAUAUCCUCAGCCUAGACCUAGGCCUUCUAUUUUUAUUUAUAUUUUUUUAAGAUUCAGCGCUUUUUCACAUGAAAAGACUGGGACCAGGUGAUUUGGGGGCGGGGCGGAGGAAGGACACAAGCCUGACGCUCCUCCGCCCCGCCCCCAAAUCAUCUAGUCCCAGUCUUUUCAUGUGAAAAAGCGCUGAAUAUUAAAAACAUAUAAAUAAGACUAGAAGGCCUAGGUCUAGGCUAGUAUAUCCUCUGUGCUCUCGUUCAGACGUUCACUUCCUUUAGCUGGCAACGACCUAAUCACAGAAUAGGAAGUUAUAGCAGAAGCGUAACUCUAGUCGUUUUCCUUAUUGUUUGACGUCCACGAAAAUUGUAACUCGCUCACGCCAAUCCACGCCAUCCUGGCUAGUACAGCCGGAAGUUUUUAUCAGGUUUUGGUAGGUACAAAGUGCCGGUUGUACUAGCCAGGAUGGCGUGAUUGAUGACGAAUCGCUUGUAAAAACGCGGACAAAUACUUGCUUGAGUUACGCUUCUGCUAUACCUUUCUAUUCUGUGACCUAAUGUAACUGCACUUGUUAAAUUUAAGGUGGCUGUCUGUCUUUAAUUUAACUACGAUAACAAUUUUUAAGCGCUAGUUUUGACUUUUAGAACUUUUAUACGCUAGCCUUUUACCAUGUGAUGCCAGGAAGAUCGUGUUUUCAAUAAAUUAAUCCCAAACAACAAACAACCCAAUAGGCAAUUCCAGCUUUUAGUUUAUGCGUGCAGGGAAGUAAGGUAUCACAUUGCUGAUUAUGCUGAAAAAGGAAAAAUGGUGGCCGUGUAAACAUGGAGUGAUAGCUUAUACUUGUAAAUAAAUAUUGAAAUAUUUCGGUUGCUUCGGUACUUUUUAUUGAAAUUUUUCAGCAUAAUCAACAAUAGGAUACCUUACUUCCCAUCAUCCCCUGCAGGCAUAAACUAAAAGCUGGAAUUGCCUAUACGGGCAAUAGGGCACGUAACGCACGUUGAAGCUCAACGGAUUAAGAAGCGGCAACAACGAACGUGGACAGAAUCGAUUAUCUGGUUAACCCUUGGUUAACCAGACUGGUUUCAGACAGGAUACAAUAAAAAAAUAGGGCACAUUGCGGCUUAAUGUGUUGCAAUAGAGAUAUUAUCACCACUAUAUGAGCCAUCACCUUUGACUUUGUGUUCAAAUUUGUUAAAGUAAGUUCAUUCUAUUUUCAGAAUUUCGGGAAUAGGCUGCAGACUCAAAACAUUUUCUUAGAUUUUCUUGAUGAACCGCUGGACAGCUUGAGACGGAGGCGCGAAGGAAUGUACGUUUCUUAUACAUUUGGUCAGGGUGAUAAAGCUGUAAAGGUAAAUAAACACACACACAUUAUUAUUCAUUUUGUCACACACAUAAAAGAUAUACAUUUACAUAGAGAUAUAACAAUAACUAGAAAAUGUUGUGAAAAGGUCGUACAACAGCACAAUAGAGAAGCUUCCACGUAUUGGCAUCUACAACGUCUCUAGCACACACCCGCUUAAUUAGACCAAGGGUUUUAUUGGCCUUGGUGCAUAUGUCUUCAAUAUGAUUAGCCCAGGAGAGGUCUUUGGAUACGAUGACACUCAGGUCAGAGAUGUGUGUCACACUUUCCAGGGGCUUGCCGUUCAGGUGGUAUUGUAGCGAAGCAGAGGAGCAGACCUUUGUCCGAGACAUGUGCAUCACUUUGCACUUGGAUGGGUCGAACGUCAUGCCCAGUCAUUACUCCAAUUUUGAAGGCCUGAAAGGUCCGAUUGCAACAGAUGGUGAGAUGCCGAGUUUAUGGGCCUAUAUAGUUUAGAGUCAUCUGCAAAUAAUGCAAUAUACUCGAGCCCUGUCCUACGUAUUCUGGCAUGUCGUUGAUGUAUACUAGGAACAGGAAGGGUCCUAAGAUGGAUCCCUGUGGGACUCCAGAGGUCACGGGGAGCCAGUCUGAGAGGGUUCCAUCUAAGGCAACGCGCUGAUAUCUGUCACUCAGGUAAUUACGAAACCACUGAAGAAGCGAGCCUGAUAUGCCAUAUUGCUCAAGCUUGUUCAGAAGCAUGUGAUGUUGCACUCGAUCAAAGGCCUUGGACAGGUCUAGGUGGAUGGCAUCAACCUCUUUACCACCAACUAAAUGAUCUAGAAUUUCUUGGUAGACGUGGAGUAGUUGAGUUACCGUAGAUUUACCCCUUAAGAAACCAUGCUGUAGAUGGUAGAAACAGUGGUUAUAUAUGGGGAUAGCAGUGGUUAUAUACACAGCGUUCAAACGUUUUUGAGAUGAUAGAUAAUAGGGAAAUAGGUCUAUAGUUAGAAGCGAGCGUUGGAUCGUCUUUUUUGAACACAGGUGUAACGUUUGCGAGCUUGCAACAAGCAGGAACUAACCCUGAGACAAAGAGAGAUAAUAUAUUUGACAGAGAAAUGGUGCGAUUAUGUUAGCCGUCAUCUUGAGAAGUUUUCCAGGUAUCCCAUCCUGAUCAGGUCCGCAUGCUUUGCUUGAAUCCAAACCGUCAAGAGCUUUAAAGACUUCGAUUUCUGUUAGUUGGAUGUUGGGUAAGGCUGUGUCGGAAGACAAUGGGUGAUUACAUGUUGUAGUGGUAGCUUGAGCAGGACUAAAGACUGAGUGGAAGAAGGAGUUCAGUAGGUUAGCCUUGUCACGGCUGUCAGUAAUGAAAGAUUGAUUAUCUUCGCGGUGAUUUUGACCAUAGUUAUGUUUUGACCGACCUAGAGGAUUUUACGAAAGACCAGAAACGUUUCGGGUUUUCCGUGACAAAGUCUCUGAAUUUAGUAGCGUACUCUUGAGCUUAAACUUUUGAGCGUCAUGAACACAACCUGUUCUAUUGGCUUUUAGUCUUUGCUUGUUUUUUUUCUUGAUGAGGGACAAAAGCUCUUUAUCAAUCCAAGGGUGAUCAUGGAUAUUUCUGGUCUUAGAUUUAGGCACGUGUUGGUUAACAACGGUCAGAAAAAUAGCACACCAAUUUGAGAGAGAAGCAUCCACAUCAUUAGGUACAAAACACUGGUCCCAAGAGGUGUUCUGGAGUGAGUUGUUUAGAUUAGACCAAUCUGCUCUUUUAAAGUUGUAGACAGAGCGUUUAAUGUCCGGUUUCUUAGGGACCUUAGAUCUAGAUCAAAACCGAUUAAUCUGUGAUCGGUAGAGAUAAUGUCGUCGUAACCAUGUAGAUUAUGUAUUUUGUAAGGAAUGUUUGUUAAGAUCAAGUCAAGAAUGUUGUUUCUCGUUGGAAAGUGAACCAACUGCCACAAGUAAUGUCUUUGACAAAUUUAGUAAAGUUGUUGUGCAAUGAUUCGGAAGACGAUGCAAUGCCAGUAGACCAAAUCCCCACAGAUGAUUAUUUGAUCGAAAUUGAAUUGAGGGGCGUGGCGUAGUGACUUUUUAAGUUCUUUCAGAUGAUCAAGGUUGGAGUUGGGGGGCCUGUAAAACACAACAGCCAGGAUUUUACGCCUGGCUUCAGGUCGAAGUUCGCAUAGCACAAUUUCCGCAUCACCUUCUAAGUCUUUACGACGAAGAGUUUGUAUUGAGUUCUUUACUGCUAGCAUAACUCCACUUCCAGUUUUAUCCUUUCUGUCGCGUCGGUGGAUGGAAAAGUCUAAACCAGGCAAGAUCUCACAGUCCAAUAUAUGAGGUUUUAACCACAGAAUAAGGCACACAGAAGGGCCACUUACGUUGGAAGCUUUGAAGUUUUUGUCACCCUGGCCGCCAUCUUCCUAGCCAGUCGAUUACAUUUUCUGGCCAAUAAACGCGCUGUAUUGGCUGGAGGCCCCGCCUUCUGGCCAGUCAAUUGCACAUUUUUGCAUAGAAAAAUGGUGACACGUUGCACCGCUGAGUGGCCCUUCUGGUACUGAUCUUUAUUCUGCGUUUUAACCAAGUUUCAGUGACAGCGAUUAGGUCCAGGUCUGCGGCGAGAGAUUGAAAUUCUGCUGAUUUGUUUACUAAGAUUCGCGCAUUCAUAUAUAGACACUUGAUUUCCAGACAGAAAGAGUGUGUAGUUUGUUUUCGGGUAGAGGUACUUGCGCUGUGAGAUACAGGACCUGGAUGUGGAUGUAUGUCUCCACUACGUAUAGCAGUUACCAUUAUCAUGUUAGAUAAAUUUAACAAAGGAUUUCCUUACAAUUCAAGAGGUUGUGGUAAAGAGAGGAGGAGGGCCUUUUUUCAUUAUCUUUCACGUGAGAAAAAACUGCUUUCAAAACUAAUUUCACUACUGCAAGACCAAAACCACUGAAAGACCACUUUUUAAAACCAAACUGAUAUAUCUGGUAAAACUACAAAAAGUGCAUGGACGCAGUAAAAUUGUUACAUCCAAUGCCUUGCUGUUGAUGACGUUCUCGCUUCUCGUCCAGUUUUCGUUCAACCACCAAUAAAAUCUCGUUUCAGGCCCACUAGAAAUUACCCACAUUUCACGACACAAAAGUCCAUCAUUUCACGGGAAAAAAUAUUGGCAAUUUAUUGCCACGCCAUGAUUCGUUAUCAAAAUGCUGACGCCAUGGUCCUAGCCAGUGCGCUUAUGAGAGGCAUGCAUUCACCCCCUGGACGUCCGCCAAUUUGAAUAUUAUCAGGGGGGUGAAUACCUCUCAUAAGUGCUCUGCAUUUUGAAGACGAAUUGCGGUUACGCCAAAAUCAUAGGAAAAACCAAAAAGUCGAUCUUCUGUUUGUCUCUAUUCUGUGAAUCUGUGAUACAGUGCUGGAUUAAUCAUCUGGCAAAAGCGGCCAAUGUCACGGGCCCCGCGCUUUUGGGGACCCCGCGCUUACUCUUUCAGUCGAGUAUUAUUGCUGAUACUCAUUGUGUCACUCAAGAUACAACUCGAGUUUAUUGGUAGAGUGUCGAGGAUCAAUUGACGAGGGCGGUAAAAUAUCGAGGGUAAAAUAUCGAUGGUUAAAUAGACUGUUAAAUGUCGAGGGUCAAAAAAUCACAAAAAAUGCUAUAUUAAAGUCGGGUAACCGCUUCGAAUAAAAAAAUAGCGAAAAUUAUGUCAUCUUGGCAUUUUGUUAUUUGAGCACUUUUAAACCAACUAAUCAAAUGUAUGCUUUCACGUACAUACUAAUUUUAGUUCAAAUUGUUGAUGUUUAUUUCCCUUUUUUGUAAAUACACAGGCAACUUUUCAUCGCUUGGAAUACAAAAGGAUAGUUUUGUAUAUUUUGAAACUUUCUGAAUUCAGUGUUUAGGAUGCCGUUUAGUGUCGUUGGGGAGGGGGGGGGGUAUCAAGGGGCCCCGCGCUCAUAAUAGGGACCUUUAGCAAAUAGGUGACGGCAACGCGACGACGACGGCCAAAAUAAACUCGUUCGAAUAAGUAACUUUAAGAUCAACAUGUCUUGUAUUAUCCGUUGUAUGAAUUUAUUGCAAUUUAAGAAGGUCAAGACAGAGGUUUAUAGUUGAGAAGACUUCUACUAAGCCAAUUUGGCGAGGACGACUUCUCGCGGCUUGAAAGGCAGACGUUGUGUACAAAACGUGAAAAUCUUUGGUUUGCUGCAGUUGUAAACAGAUCGAGCAAGGAUGACGUCUAAAACUCCCAUGGGACCUUUACAGUUGAUUUCACGACACUUUGGCCACGCCAAUUGCGAGAUUGGUUGGGAAUUCGGGAACUAUAAACACGAGAUCGUCAAGUUGAUUGGAAACCGGCCAAUCAAAUUCGGAAGUUUCGCAUCAAAUUAUCGAAAUUCGUUGUGAAAUUCAGAACCAAGUUCGCAAAUUGCAAACGAUUUUGGCGGUCAAUUUUAAAAACUAAAUUUAUUGUAUUAAACUUAUUCAUUUAAUAAUAAAUAAUAUCAUAAUAAUAAUAAUUUCAGGUUUAAAAUUAUAAUAAGUUUAAUACAAUACGUUUAGUUUUUAAAAUUUACCGCCAAAAUCGUUUGCAAUUUGCGAACUUGGUUCGGAAUUUCAUAACGAAUUUCGAUAAUUUGAUGCGAAACUUCCGAAUUUGAUUGGCCGGUUUCCAAUCCAGGCACGGAUUUUCUGGGGGAUGCGGGGGGGGGGGGGGCGCACCCCCCCCGAAAUGAUUUGCACCCCCCCCCCCAGAGGCAUUUGGCACCGCCCCCAAAAGUUUUUGCACUCCCGCAAAUCAUAUAUAUUUUGAUUUGAGAGUUUCAUAUUUGAUUAUUCUUACUACUAAAUUUGUAAAAUUACCAAUAUUAUGGUCUCAGAUCUCGCCAUGCAGGCCUAGAAAACAAAUUCCGUUAAACUUUUUCCUUGGCCUUUCCGGGCGUUGCUACCACGCCCCGGCCAAAGCAAGCAGCAGCACCCCCCAGAUAUUUAUCCACCCCCCAGAACGAAAAUAUGAAAAUCCGUCUCUGUUCCAAUCAACUUGAUGAUCUCGUGUUUAUAGUUCCCAAAUUCCAACCAACAUCGCAAUUGGCGUGGCCAAAGUUUCGUGAAAUCAACUGUAAUUAUGCAUUUUCUUUCUACACUGUCAUAAAUUUCAUUGUAUUAAUAGCCGUCGCUCCUGCUAGCUAAAGGUCCCUAAUAUGUCACAGGCCCCACCGGGCACACGACGUUGUUUCAACGUUGAAAUUUGGUAGAAAAAAGGUUGCGACGUCGACAACCUAAUAUCUACGUUGCUCUGACGUUGUUUUAAAAACAUUGGUUCAACAGCAGCCAACAGACGUUGAAUCAACGUUCAUUCAUGGUUAAAUGUACGACGUCGAUUUGUGAAGUAAUCUCAACGUUGUUUCAACGUUGAUUCAACGUUGAAUUAUGGUUGACGAGAUUGGCAACCCAAUUUCAACGUUGUUUCAACGUCGAAACAGUAACGUCGAUUCAAUUUGCAUAGUCAACCCUUUUUCAACGUCUAUCCAACGUCUGGAAGGUCAUUUCCGACGUUGAUUCAACGUUGAAUAAACGUCAUUUUGCCCGCUGGGGCGGGGCGCUGAUAUACAGGGUGUAUAAGAAAGGUAAUCCAACUUUAGCAUGGCGUCGUGCGUUAAUUACAGUACUCGGCCGUAUGAACGUAGUUUUUCAUAAUCAUAAAGAUCAGGGGGGGGGGGGGUGAUUAGGGGUAUACAAAUCCGCCGAUCCGCCCAAAUUUGAAGCAAAAUCCGCCGUCCGACAAUGGUCUUGUCUAAAUUUGGAUCCUCUAAAAGCUCUACUAUGCAGUCACAAUCCAGGAUCCGAACUAAAUUGCAAGCAAAAUCUACAAUCCGAGCCAAAAUAUUAGAUAAAUCCGCAACCGCUGCAUUAAUAAAAUCCGCAAUCCGUGUAAAAUAUUCGCCAAAUCCGAAAUCCGAACAAUUUUUUCGGCGGAAUCCGACGAUCCGAAAACCUAUUCACCCCCCCACCCGAUAAGGCUUUUGGCUGUUGAAUGACACGUUUUUCAUCCAUUAUAGAGGGUGAGUAAAAAAACCUGAUACCUUCGUGGCUAAUUUGAAUAACAAAGGUGUCAGUUUUUUUUUACUCACCCUGUACAGGGUGUAUCAAAAAAAUGUACACCCUUCCAAAUUCAAAUUAGCCAUGACCUUUUAAAUAUUCGUUGCUCUGCAGUAAACUGGCCCAUUUAAAAUUUUAUAUCUUAUGCAGACUUGAAUAAUGCUUAAUUUAAACAUUUUUCUUUGAGUUGUGUUUUUUUUCAUACAAAUAGAAAUUAUCCUAAAUUCCCAUGUGCAGAAGACCUUGUGUUUUCACGCAUUCAUGAAUACGAGAAAUUAUACGGCUGUCAAAUUACUACAAUAGAUUACGGUUAAUUAGCCAUUCAGAAGUUGAUGAGUGGACAGGGUACGAGUGUUAAAAAUGCCCAAAUUAAGAAAUGGACCAAAUAACUAAAAAGACCACCUCAAAAUUAGUAAGUAUACAAAGUUUGAAGACGUUUAUAUUAAUACCCUUCGAAUAAUAAGCUUUCGAAAAUCGCGAUAUUUACUAUGAAAUGUAUUGUAAUUUUCGUUUUUGGGACAAACAAUCUUUUUAUCAGUAAUUUCACAAUUUUCGAAAGCUUAUUAUUCGAAGGGUAUUCAUGUAAACGUCUUUAAACUUUGUAUACUUACUAAUUUUGAGGUGGUCUUUUUAGUGAUUUGGUUCAUUUCUUAAUUUGGGCACUUUUUAACACUCGUCCCCAGUCCACUCAUCAACUUCGGAAUGGCUAAUUUGAAUUUGAAAGGGUGUACAUUUUUUUGGUACAUACAUACAGGGUGAGUAAAAAAAACUGACACCUUUGUUAUUCAACUUAGCCGCGAAGGUAUCAGUUUUUUUUACUCACCCUGUACAGGGUGUAUAAAAAAAACUGAACCCUUUCAAACUCAAAUUAGCUAUAACGUUUGUAGUAAUUUGACAGCUCUAAUUGCUUUGAAUUAAUGGUUGGGUAAGAACACAAGGUCUUGUACUCAUGGGACAAAACUCUUAAAAACUUUUAAAUUUUCUAAUUUUUAUUUCUUUGAGUUUCGUCCCAUGAGUACAAGGCCUUGUGUUCUUGCCCAACCAUUAAUUCAAAGCAAUUAGAGCUGUCAAAUUACUACAAUACGUUAUAGCUAAUUUGAAUUUGAAAGGUUUCAGGUUUUUUUUAUACACACUGUACAGGGUGUAUCAAGAAAAACGCAACCUCGGAAUUUCCCAAGAAAUCGGCAUUGUUUUGAAGACAAAAGAUUUUAGGCGCCUGGGAAUUUAAAAUAGCACAACUGUCAAAAUUAGUGCACACGCGAGUGUAUAAAGCAAAAUUUAUGCAUUUAUUAUUAAAUAAACAACAGUAAUAUGAUCUAUUAGCAAUUCGAUUUCAAUUCCCAGGGAAAAGUACGAUAUGUGCGGAAAUUUUUUGGUGUAUCCGGAAAAAUUGUUAAUGUCGAGCCAUCGUUCACUGGGCCCAUCAGACGUUGCUUAUCCGUUGUCUUUUUUAAGACGCCAGCACGUCCCUGCCUCAUCGUGAUUUGUUUGUGGCUUUAUUAAUUAUUCAUGAAUUUUACAAUUAUAACAUAUGCACCUUGUCAGUAUUUUACGCAUCUUUGCGUUCAGCUUAGUGCUAAGACAUUCAAAUUCUAACAAUACGUUAUUUUAAAUAGUUUGUUUUUUUUGGGACACACUGUAGUUUUAAAUCCAAAUCCCAAUUCUCAACGGUGAAAAUAUGCAAUUUCGUCUGUUUCGACAAGGCAUUUUUUAUCGGACUCUGUUUGUUCACUUUUUCUCCAUAUUGGAUGAAAAACUUGUCAUCCUACAGCUAAAGGCUUGAUCUUUAUGAUUAUGAAAAAAUACAUUCAUGCACCAAGUAAUUAAGAGGGGCCCCUAUACUUUUUGCGUGAAGCGUGAAGGGCUUAUUUUACUUAGCCGUGAAACGUGAUCGGGCCCCCUAUACGUUUUGCGUGAAGCGUGAAGGGCUUAUUUUACUUAGCCGUGAAACGUGAUCGAUGAUUUUCUUAAUCCGUGACUCGUGAAAAGGCAAAAUAUUUUUACGUGAAAGCAUAUUGUGAAGAGGUAUAGGGGCCCUCAAUUAAGGCCCGUUUUAUACGUCGAAUUUCGAUCGCGUCGAAUGCAAUUCAAACAAUAGAUAAUGAAGCUUAAUGUGGUUUAUAAUCUCAUCUAUUGUCUUACUUGCAUUCGACGCGACCAAAAUUCGACGUAUAAAACGGGCCUAACGCGAAAUGGCAUGCUAAAGUUGGAUUACCUUUUUUAUACACCCUGCAUAUAAGCGCCCUGGUCACAGGUCCCGCGAAACGUUAAUCUGGCCCUGCCAGUAUAGUUCGGCAAGCGUUUCAAGCAAAAUUGUUCACAAAGUUUAAAACUUAAAUUUACUUUUAUCUCAUAUGAUAUACCCCUAUCAACCUCAACUGCCUCAGUCAGAACUGUGGUAGGGUCGUGGUACUCUUGGCCUCCAUUCGCAUACUAGCAAUUUAGUUGUCAACAACUAUUUCUUAUCGACUGCCAACUUGUUAUCGACAACUAGAAAACAUAGUGUGUACUUAAUUGUUGACAAUGUAGUUUCCCUUGGCAACAAACAUUUCUAACAUUUCAUCUAACAUUUCUAACGUAACUUACAUGCAUGUACUGUUAAGUAAAAAACUUUCUUUUCCGUAGCUUGUUAUGCUAGACGUGCGAUCCUUUGCUGUGUUUGGUACAAAAUGUGAUUUGCUGGGAAACGAACAAUGGAAAUGGCUCGAAGAACAGUUAGAUGAUCAAACGCUGGUCGCUCUUACAAUUGUUACAAGUGGAAUACAGGUGAAAAUUUACGUUUUAUACAAUUGCGGUACACAAUACAAAAGGAAUGAAGAUUAAGCGAAACUACUUCACUCUACGAUUUAUAUACACUCGUUCAAACUAAUGUUUUGACUUGAUCGUCAUGUUGCUCAUCAGAUUUUGCCAAAUGCAAUACGUGGACUACAAAAUUGGGACGAUUGCCCGAACAGUUAUGAUCGACUGGUUUGGCUGACACGAAAUCGCAACAAGGUAAUUUUAAUUUGGCACACAUCAAUGAUACAUGUAGACCAGUGGCUGCAUGGCAGCACCGCAAUGCUUAAUGGUAUCAUGAGGUGUCAAAGACAAGAGCGAUGCAUGAUGGGAUACUUUUUCACAUGCCUACAAUCAUCUGAUCAUAUCCCCCUCCCCGCUGGAAUAGCAACUGCAUGUCGUUACAUGCAUGGAACAAUUAAAGGACGAAGUUGUUAGGAGUGUCACAUUUUUUCUAGCUUCAUAAAAGAGUGACGCAUGCAUAAAGCGUUGAUCAUGUCCAGAGAGAAACUUUAAGAUAAUCUUGCUAAGUAGAUAGGAUAACACUAGUGACUAUAGUCUGCUCGAAGACUGCAUCCCUCCCCCCUGGUUGUUUUCCUUCCACCACCGGGGGGUUUUCCUUCCACCACAGUCUGUGCACAGACUAGGAUAACACAGGUUUUUCUUUUUUUUUUCUUUUUUGCGUGAGUCAUGUAAGAGUUUGUAGGUAGGUUUGUCCAAAUAGGAAAAUUAUUUUUAAUUUGCUCUAUCUGAUACAACCAAACAACGUAGAAGGCCACAACAUUCAUUGGAAUGCAGCAACCGAGGGAAAGCAAUAACUCGUACGGUCACCAACCCUGCAUAUAAACAGGCGCUUAGUCCAGUGAGUUUUAAAAUCUUUCCAAUGUUAAGAUAGGGGGACGAACGAAAGUUGCUAUGUAAGUGGGCAAUAAUUGGAUGUGCAAAUGAUACGUAUAAAUUAACUUUUCUGUACUGUCUAGGUCAUUUAUCUUAGUGGCGAUGUUCAUUAUGGGGAAACCUCUUGUCUCAAUAGUUCAUCGUCAGGUUUGUCAAAAUGAUUUAAUAUAUCCGUUGUACUGAUUGUAAACCUGAACGUACUAAUUUAUAUUCUUGGUUAUAUUAGUUCUAUCACUGAUCUGCCUAAAUUGCUUUCCUCAGAGGUACAAUAAGAGCCAUCCCUUAGUCAUCUAGUGUUGGUAACUUACGGUAGUACAGGAAAAAUAUUGGAGAACCCGGGGAAAACCUGCAGUGUUUGGCAGGGUAAAAGUGGAAGCACUUUUUCUCAAGUGCAACUGAAGGGAAAUAAAGAUAGGAUAACUGUAUAUUGCAGUGAUCGCACCCGGAUUUCAGAGGUUAGAGGCACAUCCACUUACCAAUCUCCAACCACGCAACGUGUCUAUAUACAGUAUAUAUUAUCUCACUGAUUUGCAUUCUAUAGGCUAUCCGUUGUACGAGUUGACAUCCAGUGGUCUUUAUAUGGCUUGCACUAUCCCCCUCCUCAAUCAUGAGCAGUGCGUAUGGGCAAUAAGGUAACUACUAACGUGGACGUUUAUUUCCAAUGAUAACAUUUCAUCAAUUUUUACUGUGCGACCCCCUAAUCUUCAGGUAAAGCCUGGCAUCCAUUCGAUCGCAACUGUCGUGACAAAGUCAUGGUCACUGAUGUGAAAUAGUCUUAGCCUCAUCCGCAGGUAUCUCUAUGGGUUAUAGCCUGCAAAUGGGUAGUUUAUAAUAUCCACCCGAUUUCCUGGAGGUGCCUGCGGAGAAGGCUAAAGUAGUCUGAAAAUGUCGUCUCUAUUGUGUCCUGCUUGCUAACUAGUUAUAAUAAAGUGUGGAGACAGACACUCCGUUACAUGGGCUACCUUGACCUGGUCGCGACCCUCGCAACAAAUUAAAUAGCGCCAUUAAACAGUUUACACCAUUUACCCAGUGAACUCCAUGUCUGUU